CUAUUUUGUGACAGACAAGGAAGGAAGUGAUAUUAUUUUAUCUCCAGUUACAUUAUCUCCUUGUAUUAGUUUUAGACUUACGUCAGACUUAUUUAUUUUGUCGCGAUGUCGUGAUUUUGUCACGUGCUAAGUAGCAAGCCAAUUGGAAAAGUGACGUUUAACAAAACAUUAAAAUGAUGCCAUUCCUUUUAGCAUUAGAAUAAUUCUAAAUAUUCAGAGUAAUCUAAUGGAAUGAUCAUGUUUAAUUUAUGAAUUAUUGCGUUAGACAUUAAAUAGAACUUAUUGCUUUUGUUUGUGGCUGUUGAUAUACAUUUAAAUCUGAUCAGUUGUAUUGGGCCAGUCUGGACUAAAAAUGCCAAUCCGGCUCCAGCUGCCAUGUUACCAGACGGUGAACCGUUCUUUCCUGUCGAGACAUCUGUUCGCAUCCAUGACAUGACAUGACAUGACAUGAAUCAACAUUUGUUGCUGAGAGACACAUUACCAUACUUCUGGAUGGCGAUACACCAACCACAACAAAAUCAAAAUGCAGCAGCAGUGAACAUUUCCACUGUCCUUUCUGCAAAUAUGAGGCAGCUAAACAUAUGGUGGAGAACCAUAUAAAAGGACAUUCCUCAGUAAAACACAGAGAAUUCACAAUUAUUAAGUGUGGCUUAAGUUGUCGGACAGCUGCACAUUUUCAUUGCUGCUAUUGUGCUGCAACAAUUAUUAAUAGAGCACAGUUUCUAAGACACGUAGAAAUACACCAAGAGGAGGAGCAUGCUGCAGCCCCCAAAGAACAAACAAAGACCCUCGCAGUGCCUCCUGUACAGCUUCCUGUGGCGUCCGCACAUCUCCCUGUGGCCCCCACUCAGCUCCCUGUGGCCCCCGCACAUCUCCCUGUGGCCCCCGCACAUCUCCCUGUGGCCCCCGCACAGCUCCCUGUGGCCCCCACUCAGCUCCCUGUGGCUCCUGCACAGCUCCCUGUGGCCCCCACUCAGCUCCCUGUGGCCCCCACUCAGCUCCCUGUGGCCCCCACUCAGCUCCCAUUGGCCCCCACUCAGCUCCCUGUGGCUCACGCACAGCAUCCGGAUACCCCUAAAGCAUCUAGUCACACAAUGUAUGGAAAACACAAGAAAGUCACUUGUCCUCACUGCAACAUGAUGUUGAGCAAGAAAAACUUCAAAACACACUGCAAAAGAAAGCAUACCCACCACUUUGAGACAGUGUUGAAGGACAGAUUUUUGGCCUCUCAAUGUGUUGAUGUCAAAAAUGGUGUGUUUGGAGUUGAAAAAUCUUUUUGUGGUCCAGCAAGUGAGGACAGUGUGGAGGACAGUUAUCCACCAGAUGACAGAAGUGUUGCAAGGAUGCUGAAUUACCUCCUCACAAAUAAAAAGCUCCCUGCAGAUCUGCCCCAAGCUCUCAUGGAGCAGUCAAGAGAGGGAAGAGCAAAGGACAGCUUUCCAAAGCACCUUAUCCCUAAAGAAACAAAGUGUGUAGAAUGUGAAUACACAAUGUAUGAACAACAACUCAUAACAUCAAAAGCCAAGAUCCUGACAAGCACGGGUGUAGUUGAAGGAAUAUCAACGUACAGGAAGUCAUGCCUGAACUGUGGCAUGAUCUACAGAUACCAGGAGUGGGAGGAUGGUGUCCACAACUUUGACGACCACAUAAUCUUGUCUCUGCAUUUGUGCCUGAUGGUUAGGAAUGCAUUACAGACGCAUACAGCUAUCAGCAAAGUGAUAGAAAUAAUUGAAACAACGGAGAACGUGUCCUUUCCGAACAAGGAGAGGGUUCUCCAAGCCUACCUUCAUUUUGAGGCCCUUACAAACCAUAACUACAGUUACAAUUGUGUGUCAUGUGGCUAUAGCCCAGCGGUUGUUGUGAUGGAUCUUCACAAGAAAGGCGUUUUCAAUUUGCCAGUGAGUGAGAUCCAAAGCCUGCCUGAUGAUUAUGAUGGCCAUGUGGAUAUAGCAAAUUUCUGGGAUGCUGUGGCUGUGGAAAUGAUUAGUCGUGGUUUAAUUCCAUGUGGUCGAAAGAACCCUUUUGUUGUGCCCCCCAGUUAUCAUCACUGGGCCCCAUGGAUUGGCCCACACACCCGAAGAUCAAAUUCAGUUUUAAACACUGAAUUUGAGAAAAUGCAAGCUCCAAAAACACCAAACAGUAGGGAUGAUGAUGAUGAAAUGAUUAAUGAAGAGCGGCUCACAGAUGAGCUUGUGAACUUGAAGGUAGAGGAGAUCAGAGCACUCUGUAAAAACUGUGGUGUGGAUGACAAAGGCUCCAAAGUGGAUCUUGUCAUGCGACUUUGGGAAAAAAUGUCAAAUAGAGUCACCUACAACAAGGUGUUUGAGAAAGUGUGGGCUGCCUCUGGUGGUUGGGCUGUAAUCACCUGUCCGUGUGGGGUUGUGUAUUCACUGAAGUUCAACCUCAGAGCAGAGAGUCCACGUGACUUUGUGGAUCUCUUGUUAUCGUGGAAAGACUUUCCCAAUGUUUCAGUGUAUGGUUAUGCCAGAGGGCUGGCAUUGCAUGCGAACCGCAGGCAGCCAGGAAUCUUUGCCCCUUUUCAAGGAAGGUUACUGGAUCCCACCCCAGACAACAUAAAGCAUGCCUCAGAGAGCAAGGUUCAUGUCAACUUGCCAUGGCUGAAAAACUCUAAGAUGCCAGCUGAUGAAAAUGGUCACCCUCUCACUGGGUCCUCGCAGCAUUUUGCUUUAAACGAUGUGUUCCACCAAGGCAACAGCAAAGACCAGAGGGAGGUUCUGAGAAAGCUGGAGCUUGUGCCUGAACUUGCUGGUCUUAUAAACAGCCAGUGUGUGGAGCAGCUGUUUUCUGGGAUGAGAAAGAACAAUUACUUUUUAAAUAUGACAACCCCAUCCACACAAAUAUUUCUACAAAGAAACAUACUUCAUCAUUAUAACAUGGCAAAGAACAAAAGAGUCCGAGAGCAGUAUAGCAAGAUUGUUCCUUCAGAUGUUGAAAUGCAAUGGGACAUCCACGGAAGGCUAGUCUUAGCUGGAAUGCCAACAGGGUCAUCUGACAACAGCGAAGACCAAGAAGAAUGUCAAGAGUGUGAGUUGUUUUGUUGUGCAUUUUCUGUUUUCCAGACAUAUUGCUUUAAGUUUUCUGUCUUGACGCUUUGAUGUCUUCCUUGGUCUUCCAGUAUGCUUUGCCUUUAACAACCUUCCCAUGUUGUUUGUACUUUGUCCAGAUUUUAGACACAGCUGACUGUGAACAACCAACAUCUUUUGCAACGUUUCGUGAUGAUUGACCCUCUUUGAGAAGUUUGAUAAUCCUCUCCUUUGUUUCAAUGGUCAUCUCUCAUGUUGCAGCCAUGAUUCAUGUCAGUCCACUUGGUGCAACAGCUCUCCAAGGUGUGAUCACUCCUUUUAAACCGCAGACUAACGAGCAGAUUUAAUCUGAUGUGGGUGCUAGUUUUGGGAAUGAGAAUUUAUGAGGUGAUUCCAUAAUUUUUUCCUCAGAAUUAAGUGAUUCCACAUUUUUUUCCCUGUGUUUGGUCUAAAAAAGUAAUUGUUACUGACUACCACAAUUUUCCUCUUGAUAUCUUUUAGUGUUUCUUACAGCCAAAAAGUUGCAAAAUAAAAUGACUUUAGUUUUU